AUGAAGACGUUGCGCACAACUGGCAUGCAUGCAGACCACAACCAUGCUCGCAAUGAACGCAAAAUUGAAGUUGCCUACCUGCGUGAUAAAGUGGAGCAGCUGGAGACAGAGCUGCAAAGUGCCCGAAACGAAUCAUACAAGCUGGGAACUCUAAGCGCAACGAACGAAAAUGACCAUCGCACGUCGGAACAAAAUGCUACUCUUACAAACGAAAAUCAGCUAUUUACUACGCUGAGUUCAUGGGAGAAGAUUGCCGCUCAUCGGCGAAAUGAACGAGAAGAGGCAGAGCGGGAGAACGUUCGGCUGAAGCUUGUUCUGGCAAGCCAGAUUAAGGUGGCCAAAGAUUUGGAGAGCAUACUGCUCAAGCGAGCCCAACAACAGGUUGCCGAGUGCUCCGCUUCGAUUAAGAGACGAGCUGACGUGGCUUGCCCUUCCGGCCACACCUUGGACUUCCGAGCUGAUGCGGCUGACAUCCAGGGACUGCUGCAAUAUCUUGACGAUGCAUAUCGCCAAGUUGAUACAGUCCUGGCUGCCAAUGGUCUUGCUUGGAAGGAAAUGACGCUGCACGACGUACAGAUGCGUGAAGGCGUGAAUGGGAUGUACCUUGAAGUGUUCUCCAACAAGGUCUUGCCCUUUGGUCUGCAUGCCACCGCGGAGGCGACAUGGAACUAUUUUAAGGGCUCAAAGAAGCAUCGAGGCACUCUGUAUGCGAAAGAAGCUCAGGAUCUUGAUACGCCGUACACGAUCAUCGAACACUUCUCGAAAGAGCUCGUCGCUGGCAAUUCGAGCACGGAUGUCCGUAUCAAGCAAAUCGUACGGCGGUACGUUGAAGCUCAUCGCGAAAUUGUGGUAUGGGUGGCUUCAAUUACACCCGUUAACGUCACACAGAAACCUUUCGGAAGGUUUACUUCGCGUCAUCGGAGCUACGCUGUCAUCAAGCGCGCCAAGGCUUCCACUGUGCAACACGAGUUAUCGUUACUGCAACUCGUGUCACACGGGAUGCUCGAUACCCAAACCGGAACCAUUUACGAUCCCAAAUACGUUCGAGCGCUCACUGACUUCCUGCUGAACGAUGCAGCGCGUAAUAUCAAGGCUGACCAGCAGCUCAUCGAAAACGUCCUCAUGGACCAAAUGCUGCAUCCGUGA